ACGAAAAUGGCGACCGGAUCGACUCGCCCGGUCCGAAAUCUGAAAACAGGGCGAUUUCGUGUUCGACACGAAAGUGCUGAAGACGUUGUCAUCAAACUGGAUCACAGCAGAGAUCCAUGUGAAAAUGUCAAAGAAAUAUUGAAGAAUGUUGUUUCUCAAUAUGGUGUUCCUAGUAGCCGUAAAACAGCAUAUCUCAACAGUUUUGUUAAACUAAUAAAACAUAUUGGUUAUGAUGGCAACCUAGGUAUUGGCAUACCAGACAUCAUGGCCUGCUUAGGCGCAUGUCUUCUGAAUGAAGCUAAGCAAGUUCGCACAGCAACAUUGCGAGUUCUACGUUACUUAUUGCCAUUUGGGGAUACUUUAGACACAUUUUUACUCCUACAUUUUGACUUUCUAGUGGCUAGGAGCUUAGAUGUUUGUUUAGAUAAUGAAAUUGAAAGAAUUCAUGCAAUCAAGCUCAUUAGACAGAUAAUCAAAUCUGCACCUCUGAAAUUUCCAAAAUCUUUGCUGUAUGUUAUGGUAUCUAUUGGCAAUGAUGGUGCAAGUGAAAGAGACAGAAUGGUCAGGGUGUCAUUGGAAACCAUAUGUGAAUUAGCUUUUACUAAUGUUGAUCUUGUUGCAAAAUGUGGAGGGAUUCAGACAUUGAUCUGGAACAUUCUGGACUGUCAUCAAUAUCCCAGACUAAAUGAAGCUCUUACAUCCACCAUUAUUUUCCUUCUCAAUCAUCCAAAGACUAGACACUACAUUCGUCCACAGGUGGAUUUAGAGCGCUUACUGGCUCCUUUUACAGACAGUCAUUUUCGCUACAGUGUUGAAGAUGGGAGAAACGAAGAAAGAGAUUCCAGGUUUAUUGCAAGCAAAAUGGCAGUUAUUACUGUUAUGCGAUCGUGGCCAGGGCUGAUACGUUUAUGUCACCCCGAAGGUUCUGGCAUGCAGUCACUGAUAGGAAUAUUAUAUCUUCCUUAUGUAGAAAUUAGGAAAUAUGUUUUAGAAGUGAUCUCAGAUCUAUUUCGUUUAACUCUUCCAAACUGGACAGAAGACUUUGCAUCUGCUUUUCAAAGUGUUGAUCCAAGUGAGAUGAAGGAUGUAUGGAAGUUAACUGAAGGGUUUGUUGCUGAGGAGGGUAGAGCCAUUUUACCCCACAUCUCACAGACAAGGCCAAACUUGAUUGAGAAUCAUCUAGCUCUAUUAUUGUCUGCAUUUUUUACUGCUGGACUUUGUGAGGCACUGAUAGAUGUUGUUAUCACUAGUACUGGGGCCUUAUUUAAUAGAGCUGUUCUUUUGCUGGGAGAGUUGCUUCACAUGGCAAACAGCCUAUUGCCGCAAGAAUGUAUGCACUAUCAUGAGUGUUUGCCUUCACUUAUCUCAAUUGCGUCAUCCAGUGAAACAAACAAAGACAAAAGACAUCAAGCCUACCAGGCUGUAAUGUAUCUGACACGCUUUCACAAAAUGAUGAAGCGAGGGCGGCGUCCUUGCAGUGUAUUUUUAGAUCAACUUUUGCAGCAUGCUGGGAAAAUGUCAGAGGUUACCAGCAAACAUUGGCAUCUGCGGCGUGAGAAGCUUUCUGAGUACUACUUCAAAAAGGUAUCAUGUGAUGAAAUGACAAACCAAGCUAUUAGAGAUUCCUAUGUAGUUUCUACUAAAUCUUAUUCUGACUGGAACUGGUCAAUUAUUGCUGCAAUGUUAAAGUGGCCAGAUGACAAAUUCAAAAAGCUGGAUGACCAGAAUCAUCACAAAUUCAUCAAGCGUCUUCUACACUAUUUCAAACCUGAAAAUGACCUCUUUUCUAAGACAGAUAUUAAUGAUCCCAAUGCUAGAAAAAUGUGUGUUGCUGGAUGUCAUCUUAUUGACUUCCUCUUAUCAUCUACUUCGGAUGAUGUUGAAAAAAUCAUUACAGAACUGUUAUCAGAUAUAGCAGAGAAUUUAAAAGAGUUGACCAAACUGAAUGUUCCUGUUGAUGAAAAUGCCAUGUUUGGGUCAAAGCGUAUACAUGAGAAGCUGUGUAGAUACUACUUUCUUUUUAUUGGACGAUUUUCUGCAACAAAAAAAGGCUGUGUUUAUUUAGAGAAGACUGGGAUAAUACAGACCCUGUUAGAAAUGAUGUCACCUUCGACCAACAUUAUCUAUGUCAAGUUAGCUAUAUCAGCUCUUAACUUUUCUAUCGAGGGUUCAACAAGGCCUAUUCUUUCUAAAGCACUAACAGCAACACAAGAUGUGUGUCGAUUGUAUGCAACCAAGAUGCUGCGUGUGUUGAUGAGAGCUGGGACAACAGGUUUCAGUCACUGGGGGAUUGAACUUCUCAUCACCCAGCUGUAUGACCAGGAGAAGAGUAUUGCCAUGUCAGCCAUUAAUAUUUUAGAUGAAGCUUGUGAUAAUGAGGAAAACCUGAAGAGUUUAAUUAAACUGCGCCCAUCACUUUUACAUUUGGGUGAAAAGGGUGUUAUGCUACUGACAAGAUUUGUGUCCACCAUUCAAGGCUUUCGAUCACUUAAUGAUGCCAACUUUAUUUCUACACAACUAGAACAAUGGCACAAGACUUUUAAUGAACAGUAUGUUGAUAUAGUGGAAGAAAUGUUAAAUGAAGCCUUGACAACAUACGAAAAGACUUUUACUGGCUCAUGUCCAAGGCGCUCUAUACUUAAGGGACCUAAGAAAGAUGUGUUUCUACCCACCCACCUCUAUGGCCAGUUAACCAUGCAUGAAGAGGGUCUGGAAUUUUUACACAAACAGGAAUGUAUAGAAGAAUAUUUCAACUGCAUCCUGAAUCAGGUUCUGAUGAACAGCAAAGAUAUUAAAACAUUAAAAGUAGCACUGUGGGCAGUGGGUCAUAUAGGUUUAUCUUGUGAGGGACUAGCCUGGCUGGAGUCUAAGAAUGUUAUCCCAGAGAUCAUUCGAUUGGCUGAGGAGAGUGGUGUUUUUUCCAUCAGAGGUACAUCAUACUUUGUGUUGGGGCUUAUAGCCUGCACCCGUAAAGGAACUGAUAUACUGAAUGAGUUAGGAUGGGAAUCCAGAUGUCACACACGCAAGGAAAUGUUUCCUGUAUUGGAUCAAGAUGGUUGGAUGCAUGGACCAAUGGAAGAGGCUUUGUUUAUAAGUGAUAGGAUAGCAUCCAGUGUUGUCCACAGUGAGAGUAACCGCCUCUCUUCCAUGGGGAGCAUGGGCCUUUCUUUGAUCCAGGAGGAAACGUUCAUGCGGACCUCCACCAUCUCCAGUAACUCUAAGCCAUUUGGUGAUAUAGGCCUUAAGAACUCCAGAGAUCCCUUGUUGAGACACUCAGCUGAAAUAGGUUUUGGUCAUGGUACUUUACCUCCGUACACCUCUCCCCCUAGCCUAACUGUGCCUAAUGCUUCACGCAGCCAAAAUUUGCCUUACGAAUCAGAACAGUUUGUCAGGUUCCCAUCUAUGCCUGCUAGGUCAAGGUCAGAAAAAAUCAUUCCAAAAAAACAAGAACUUCGACCUCGUGCUCAAACAGGUGAUAAAACAACGCUCUCUAACUCGCGUAGUGUUUCCUCUCACAAGUACGAGUCGGUACCAUUAAACAUAGACUCUGUCCAUGUGGAGGACCUGACACCACGACCCUCCAGUGAAAUGAAUAAAGAGAGGAAAUCUUCCUCCAGAGACUCCAUUCAACUUUUGGCCUCGCCCAUCGUCAAACUCAGGACUAGCUCUGACGAGGAUUCCGCCAUUCUCUCAGACAACUGUGAUUCCCAGUCCAGUGAUAACGCUCAAGUUGCAGGUGCUGCAACCAACCCAGGCUCAUCCCAGAACGGCACUGUAGAUUCUCUGGGCGCUGAAGAUGCGACCAACAAACAUAUUUACACAGCCCACAACAAUUCUAACAAAGACGUCGUCAGUUUUAAAAUCGGCUCCGGCGGCUCUUCUCUGCUCAGUAACAAAGACAGCAGUAGUAGCGAGAGCUCGAACCGCAGUAAGAGUAGAGGAAGCAGUUUCAACACGACAGACACUAGCGGGGUUGGGUCCUGUGAAUCUAACCCCACCCCAGCGCCUUGCUGUAAUAUAUCCUCAGCCCUCACACCCAUCCCAAGCUCAUCUUCUCUUUCCACCCUUGCUCCACCUUCAGCGCUGGUUGAACAGCCACAGAAGGAAUCUGUUCACCCUUCAGUGUUGCAGCGCAGCCUUUUUAAACUGUCUCGCAUACCUAGCGCUAAAAGACGCUCUGCCUCCCCUGCACUGGGGAUAGCAAAUAAUGGAGGUCAGACAUUCACAUCACAGAGGGAUGUGUUGGGGUACGCUGCACUGAGGAACAUCAAGCGCCAGAGGACCUACAGCUCUGAGGUGGAUGGGGAAACAUUGAAUCAUUUAGAGGCUCCAACAUUGCACCGCACCAUAAGCCAAGAUUCUGAGCUUAGUGUGGAAAGUAACAUGUGGCUAAGUAUCAGAAGAAAUGUGAGCAGUAUAUCAUUACAAGAUCAAGAUGUGCCCUCUUCACCCAUCUCCACCCUCAACAGAGCUGCCUUUAAACCAUUAUCUCCUGGUAAUAGGUUUAUUGGGAUCACCCUACCUGUUGACAUCAAAAUGAUUUUUGAGGUUAUAGAGGGUGAAGAUAAAAGAACAUCAACAGCUGCUGGCCUUAAAUCUGUGAUAUCAGGAGAAUCAGGUGGUAUUCCAAUGUCAGUUCCACCCUUAAAGAAAGAAGUAUCAUUUGAACACAACAACGAUAUUUGCUUGCUUUGUAAUAGGUACAGAACAAAGGUCAUCUCCAGUUCCAAUAGACGAGCAAGCCUCUCUGGCACACAAGAUGGAGUAGAAACUAAAGCUGAACAUUCUCAGGGUUUAUCAGAGUUCACAGGCAGCAGGGGAGGGAGCUUGAACGACCACUCAUCCUCCGCAACUCCUGGCAGCCAGACAAGCAGCUCAAGUACACAUGAAUUAGCCAAAAAGUUGACAGAAGACAGUGAAGAAGGGAGGGAACUUAUCAGGCUAGAAGUGAUGCGGCUGAUUGUCAACCUUGGCAGCUCUGUUGGCUUGAAAGGUUCUGAGACUGGGUUAUUGAGCUUGAAGCAGCGCUUCCCCAAGUGUUUCCAGAGCGUUUGCUUCUACUCUGAAGUUUGCCAUCUCUUGUCAACCUAUUCAUAUCGCCUUCUUGCUAGAAGAUUUAUUCAAGAAUUGUUUGAUGAGUUGGACACUAUAGGGCUGAUGGAAAUUCCGUGCAAGUUUUUGGGUAUUGAACUAGACACCAGUCCACACAUGGCACCCAUUAGGCAAGACAGCUUAGAUGAAUUUCAAGACUUCUCUUUUUCCUGAUGCUUAUUGAAUGUUUAUGGAGUUUUAGGCAUAGUUAAUGGCUUUUUUUUUUUAGCUUGAUGAAGCUAGAAUUAUACACACAAAAAACGAGUCAAAAGAAUGUGAUUUUAAAAAAAAAGAAUGUUUUGAUGGUUGUUUCUACCUGCACUUAAUUAUCUAUAAAUAUUGUAUAGGAUAUAAUGUACACCUGCGCCAGGUUUUCUUUUUGGGGGGAUUUGUAAAUAUAAAUUGGUAAUGCGUAUAUUAUAGAAUGUUGUAUUGGAUUAUCUUUGUAAUGAAGUGCCAUAGUUUUGUGUUAUCCCUGACAAAAAUAUCUGAAUCUAAUACUUUACUAAAUUACUAUGAUGCUUUGUUAAGGUACUGUAAAUAAUUAUUAAAUGUUAAGGUUAGACAUGGUGUCAGUGCAGUCAGCUGGCCAAAAUCAAAACAAUGUGAUGAGAGCAGUCAUAUUUAUUUGUCUUGUCACUUGGAACUGAUGUAUUGGAUUUAAUAAACCAGAAAAGGUCUUUCAAUGAAAAGUAAUUAUGUAACAAUACCGUUAUUUAUUUAUUUGUUUCAAGUUUUGAGAAAAGAAUUUAUCAUUCAAGGAUUUAUUAUUCAGAUAAAUUAUUUGUCUCAAUAAUGUACAGUAUUUUUUUUCCUAUACACUAGAAACUUGUAUAUUUUGUUUUGAUUUGUGUUUUUUUUAGAGAUCAUUUAUGUAAUGGCUACAGAUGCCCAAACACAGUGUUAUGUUUUAAUGUAUGGACUGCAGGUCCAACAGUUCUAAUGUAUAGAGUACAGACACACAAACACUGUUGUAACUUUUUCUGCAUUGUGUGGCUCUCUGUAUAUGAAGUGUGUAGGCUACAGACACUACUAACACUGUUGCUAAGUCUUAUUGUGGUCAGUUAUAGCCCAGAGAAUCUCUAGAGGCUUGUUCAGUAAUGCAAACACACUAUGAACCAGUUGUAUGCAUUCAGCUAUUCUAUUCAGUCAACUAACUGUAAGCUAAUGCUCUCACAAUAUUACUGCGAUUACACUUGUUGUAGUUUAUCAAGACUAAUGCCACUGCAACAAGUUACACCUCUGCUAUUCUACAUGUAACCCACCCCCCAAAAAAUUAGUUGUUUGUGUCUCUGCAUCUGUUUGUUUGGUUAGUCUUUAAGCACUAUUUAAGGUUCAUUUUAAUUGUGCUGUUUCAGAAUUUAGAAAUUAUGUAACUGUUAUCAUGUUUCUGUAGAAUAUUUGUCUGAAAUAUGAUUUUGGAUUUACUAUCACACAUCUGUUAACUAACAUUUUUUUAGAAACAUUCAUCAAUUCUUAUGGGUUCCAUUUAUUUUUGAGUGGAUCUCAAAAUGAUCGGAAUGGCAAAAAUAUGGAGCGUAAAACAUCAACUUAAUUGGAGUUUGUUUAUGGAUUUUUUUUUACAAAUAAUACCACUAACUUUCGUAAUUCAGUAAAUAUUUUUUGACACUGUUAAAGAGAAAUUGCAGAGAUAAGUCUGUAAACAAAUGAUAUGCUAAAUCAAGAAUUAUCUGUAUCAUUUAUGUAUACAUUUCAUCAUGCAUCUGCACAAACAUUUCAAUUUAACUUGUGAAUGCAAAAUUUCAUCGCAGCACAUUAAAGAAUUAAUGGUUGUCUACUUUCAACAUCAAAUACAGAAAUUUGUCAUUAUUCCCUUUAACAGGCAUUUAGAUAAUUUACAUAGGAUUUUAGAUUGCAUUAUAAGUUUAUAAAUGUGUACUUUUUUUUAUCAUUAACAUCUCACAUAGCUACUUAAAGUUUGUUUGUGUAGAAAUGAGAGUAUAUUAUGUUGUAUGCAACACUUUUUUUUCUGGUGAACUCACUGAAGCGCCACAUUGUUUUUGUUAUUUCUCUUGUACUGGGUUGAGUGUGUAAUCAUUUUUGCCACAUCAUUAUUGCUUUAACUUUAGUUCUACUGUAUUGGAUAGAGUUCACCAGAAAAAGAUAUGAAAGUAAUUAAUAAGAAAUUUUAAAAAUCAUCAUUUUGAAAUACAUACUAAAAUCACAUUUGAAUUUACCAUGAAUAAUGAGUUUCUGCUACACUGUAUUUAUAUUGUAUGAAUGUUGCCUUUAAAGAGCAUUUUAGUGAGCCAAUAUGAAUAAUUUAUGUAAAAAUGUGUAUAUAUACAAAGCUAAUUAAACCUGUUUUAAGGUAAUUUCCUUGUGAUUAAUUUAAGAACGAAAGAUUUGUGUCCUCUAUUCAUUGACAAUGUAUUGUUGUUGUUGUAUUCAAAUGCGGGCUCACCUUAUAAAGUUGACAAUACUCUAGAGUUUACAGGACUUGUAAAAAUCAAACUUUUGCUAAUACAACGACUUAGAAGUAUUUCAUUUUUACAUCUUGCACUAGUAUAUUGAUCUGUUGAAUAGUUACCUUUUUACACAAUCACUUUGGAAAUGUUAAUAUAAGUGAAAAAACUUCUUGGUAGUGUAACAAAAUGAAAUCACUCGGUAGUGUGGAAUGACUCUUUCAAUGACUCUUUGACAAGUUACGAUGAAAACAUUGAACUUAAAUUUGAAACCAAGUACUGGCUCUAUGAAGUAUUUACUGGUUACAUUUUUGGGAUUAAAAAAAUAUUAAAAUGUUCUCCUGUUGCAAAUUUUAGAAAUAUGAUCCUCUAUUUUAUCUGUGUAGCUUAAUUUUUUUUAUACUAAAAAUAAAAUAAUGGACACACUUUGCAUUCAGAUUUUAUGUCUGACUUAACCUAUCUGUGUUCUUUAACUCAAAAUUGAUUUUGGAUGUGCCUUAUAUAGUAUUUAUAAAAGUGUAUAGAUAACACAAUUUCAUCUUUGAAUCAGUGAAACAUCAAACUUUUUUUUUGUUAAGACGAUCCAAAAAGAAAUUUUUGUACAAAUUUGAUUUGUGCACUCCAAUGCAGCAUCAUUUGUAUUUAUCAAAUAAUUUCCUUUUCUCUUUCUAAUUCCAAGUGAAUUUUUGUUAUAUUCAUUAAAAAUAGGUUGAAUAUUUGUUUAAUUUUUAAACAUCUUAACAUCAAUAUUAUUUCUUGAAUUAAACAGCAUUUUGCUAACUUACUUGCAUGUAAGAGAAAAGUAAUGUGGCUUAAUAUGGCCUAUAUUUUUUACUAUACCUUAAACUUAAAACAUUUUUUUUUUAAAAUUUAGUUUGCUUGGAUAAGAGAAGGGAUUUGUUAAAUACUUUGGUGGUCAAAUGACAAAAAUAAAUAAUCAUUAGAAACUUAAAAUUAAAUAGAGGAAAGAUUUUGAUCUCAUACUGUCACUGUCACUAUGUAUUCUCACUUGUUAAUGUCCAUAGUCUGCUGGUUGCUUGUUGAAGUAUGAGCAACUGCAGUACAACUGUGUACACAAUUUUAGGACAACUUGUUCCAAUGUGUUUGUGGAUGAAUUUGACUGUAUUUUACACUAGUGAUUUAUGCAGUAUAAAUAUUUCUCAAAA